GGAGUCAUAGGAGGUAGUGGGUGGAGAGGAGAUUCGUCAAAUGCCGGGGGCGGGAUCCUGGUUCUGCCGCAGCAACAGGGCGCGGUUGGCCUAGCGGGGGAGGGGAGCGCGGCACCGCGGGAGCCGCUGCCAGUCUGGUUGCCCCUGGGCGAGAGCAGACCUGGGCCUCAGUUCCUCGAGCCCCACCCCUGGGGCCGCGUAUUCUGCACCUCUAGAGGAGCCCCUCCCUGAAGCAUGUUUUUCACUUGUGGUCCAAAUGAGGCCAUGGUGGUAUCCGGUUUCUGCCGAAGCCCUCCUGUCAUGGUGGCAGGAGGCCGAGUCUUUGUAGUGCCCUGUAUCCAGCAGAUCAGGAGAAUCUCUCUCAACACACUGACCCUCAAUGUCAAGAGUGAGAAGGUUUAUACUCGUCAUGGGGUUCCCAUAUCAGUUACUGGCAUUGCCCAGGUGAAGAUCCAAGGCCAGAACAAGGAGAUGUUGGCUGCUGCCUGUCAGAUGUUCCUUGGGAAGACUGAGGGUGAAAUUGCCCACAUUGCACUGGAGACAUUGGAGGGCCACCAGAGGGCAAUCAUGGCCCACAUGACUGUAGAGGAGAUCUAUAAGGAUCGCCAGAAAUUUUCAGAGCAGGUGUUCAAAGUAGCUUCAUCUGACCUUGUCAACAUGGGCAUCAGUGUUGUUAGCUAUACUCUCAAGGACAUUCAUGAUGAUCAGGAUUAUCUGCACUCCUUGGGGAAGGCUCGAACAGCUCAGGUCCAGAAAGAUGCUCGUAUCGGGGAAGCUGAGGCUAAGAGAGAUGCUGGGAUCCAGGAGGCAAAAGCAAAACAACAGAAGGUUUCUGCUCAGUUCCUGAGUGAGAUAGAGAUGGCCAAGGCACAAAGGGACUAUGAGCUGAAGAAGGCUAUUUAUGAUGUUGAGGUCAACACUCGUCGUGCACAGGCUGACUUAGCCUACCAGCUUCAGGUGGCAAAGACAAAGCAGCAUAUAGAGGAACAACGAGUGCAGGUGCAGGUGGUGGAGCGGGCCCAGCAAGUAGCAUUACAAGAACAGGAGAUAACUCGUCGAGAGAAGGAGCUGGAAGCCCGAGUGAAGAAGCCUUCAGAGGCUGACCGCUAUCGCCUAGAGAGACUAGCUGAAGCAGAGAAGUCGCAGGUGAUUAUGCAAGCAGAGGCUGAAGCUGAGUCAAUUCGGAUACGAGGGGAAGCAGAAGCAUAUGCUAUAGGGGUCCGGGCCCGGGCAGAGGCUGAGCAGAUGGCAAAGAAAGCAGAGGCUUUUCAGUUGUACCAGGAAGCUGCCCAACUCGACAUGCUGCUGGAGAAAUUGCCUCAGGUGGCUGAGGAGAUCAGUGGUCCUCUAAGUUCUGCGAAAAAGAUCACACUGGUAUCCAGUGGGGGAGGUACACUGGGAGCUGCCAAGGUGACUGGGGAAGUAUUGGACAUCCUAAGUCACCUGCCAAAUUGUGUGGAGAAGCUCACAGGUGUCAGUAUUUCCCAGGUAAGGAGCCUGCAAUGAGACUAUAUGGGUGCCUAUCCAUAGGCAGUUUGGUUUUCAGAAUAUCUGGGUUCUAGUUUAAUCCCUGUACUUAACUAUAUUGCUUCUUCCAGAGUUGAGUCUCCAAGUUGUCUUUUAAUGAUACUCUAAGUUGGGGCUAAAUACCUGGGUUUCUUGUGGAUCAGCAAGCCUGGGUGUUGGCUAAUACCUCCUUUUCUCUUCCUCCAGGUUAAUUAGAAGCCAGUUUUUGGAGCAACCAAAAAAAAUUUUUAAGGGGAGGGCAUGGAUUAAAUUCCUAUUGUGCACCAGUCAACCCUCCCAUGAAGUUUCCUGAUCUGAGCCCUGGCUUCUUUGUUCCUACCCAACUCAAGUGGCCCCACCCUUUUAGGGUCCUCCAGACUUUCCUGCUCAGUUGCCUGUGCCUUGUUGUGGGGAGCUGCUCCCCAUUCCCAACCCCACACUGCCAGGGGCUGUCCUAUCCCCAGCUGAUUACCACCUUCCCCAAUACACUUAUUUAAUCAAUUAAAUGAUUGUCUGCAUGA